CAGGAGUUGAAACUCCCAACAUUUUAGAUGUACACUGUAUAAAACCACAGAAAACGAUAAACCACAUAAGACACGCAGGAAACCAUUUAAAUUGAAGUGUAUAAUAUCGUGAACUAGCAAAGGAAAAAAUAAAUAAAUAAGCAGCCUUGCACCAGAUGGCGUAGCAUCAUACCAUCGCAGACAUUACACGCGAUAUAACUCUCUGAAUAUGAUACUUUGUUGCCAUAAACCAAGAAAACAUACAUCCAGAAGUGGUAUUUAACCAAAAUAUUGUCAUGAACGAUUACAUUUACCACUGGCUGACGUGAAAUCUACCAAGCAAACCCAAGAGCGAGCUUCUCUCCCGCACUUCUCACAGCAUCGUGUAGUGUGUGUGUGCGCGCGCGCGCGUGCCCAGCCUCUUCACUUGUACCUAACAUCGCUACUUACUGACACCUCCCGCUUUUCUUGCCUUUAUACUUAUAAGGAAAUAUUCAUCUGAACAUGAAAUAGAUUUCAUACAAUGCAAAGAAAGAAACAAAAUAAACAGACCAUUUACCAAUUGGCUUUCCAUACUAUAGUAGAAGCCAUGUUUGUGCUGUAGUUUUGUGGAAAGGUUUCUCUGCCUGAUUCAGAUAGAGAAAGAUCAUCACGUUAUAGAAUAAAGUUAAUAAGUGGAACCUGAACAUUAAUAGUAACUUUCACCGUUUGAGCUUUGUUCAUGGUGGGAAAUAAAAUUAACCCAUCAGGAUCACGUUACGAUCUAUAAUUACAUCAUCAUUUACACUCCGACUCCGUGUUGUUCAUGAUCAGGUGAUUUGUAGGAUUUAGAAAUCCGUCUCCAGAUUUUGAGUGAGUUUUAUGAACAUGGUUACGUCCCUACACGCACCACAGACAAGAUUUUUCACUUUAUUCGGUUUAUUCUAAUUCUGUAACCUUGACAACACUGUGACGUCAUGGCUCAGCCAGCAAUAAAACGUUCUACUCAGCUGAAGUGGUCUUUGGUUUCUACAGACAGAUCACUGAGAGAACGAUUUUCAAAAAUGAGGAGGAAUCACAAAGAGACACCUCAGCAUCAAGCUGCACAUGGAAAAAAUAGCAUGCACUCUAUGGCAAAGCAGAACAUCCGCUUAGUUGCCAUUAACACAACUAGAAAUACAUUAGUCUAUCCCGUAAAGAUAAUAGAAUUUGAACGGGCAGGUGCUGGACCUCCAGCAAAGAGCCCUAGGAAACCAAAACUUCUUCCCAGAACACCCAGAAAGGAUCCGAUUGGUCUUCCCCCAUUCAGAGCACUGAUGAACAAGGAAAAAGUAAGCAAAACAUCUGGCAAUCUUCAGGUACAUUGGGAAAAAGGCAUGUGCACUAUGACAAAGCAGAACAUCUGCUCACCUAUCAUUAACACAACCAGAAAGAAAUCAAUCUACCCCAUAAAGAUCAUAGAUGUAUUUGAACAAACAGGUGUUGGACCUGCAGCAAAGAGCCCUGGGAAAUCAAAACUUCUUCCAAGAAAGGAUCCAAUUGGUCUUCCCCCAUUCAGAGCACCAGUGCGUGGGAAAAAGUUAAGCAAAACAUCCAGAAAUCCUCAGGCACUUACAGGUCCUACAGAGGUAAAGAGUAAGCCUCUUGAGGCUACAAUUGAGGUAGAUCCUCAAUUAAGAACCAAAAUUACUGAUGCUGUCCUGGAUUGCAUAAUCUCUACAUCAUUCAAGAAUCAGUUCAUUCAGCGCAUUGUGGGUGAGAUUGAUGAUAUACUAGCAAAAGCCGCGUCCCAGGUCCACGAGAAACAGCAUGCCAUGAGUUUCGGUACAGCAGGAAAUAAGACAAACAUCUCCCGGGAACAACAAUCGAGCAACAACGUUUUCAGGCCUGGCUUCAGUGAUGGUGUGGCAUCUGUGCUUGGUUAUGCACUGAUAGAAAUUAGAGAAGAUGUAAAAAAAACUUUUAGAAGCCAGUCACACAAAUUUCAGACAAUCUCACCCACGGCAUGCGAUUCUGUAACAGGAAUAGUGGACAGUGUCUUUGAAAGCAUGCUUGAUUCCUUGAUUCCUCAACUGAAACCAGAUGUUUGCAUUGAAAGGGAUCCUAGCAUGACUGAUUCUCUUUAUAGUCAUGAGUUUGAUACAGUGUUUGAUAGGAUCCUUCGCAGCACUGACUCAGAUUUCAACCAGAGUCCAGUCCAUGAGCAAAGAGGAAGUGAUGAUGAGUCUAGCGUCACAGCUCAGGACAGUGAGACAUUAGACAUUGUGAAAGAGAGAGCUGACUCCCCAAGAAGAUCUACCAAAGUCCCGUUCUCCACAGUAUUUGACCAGUCUUCUGGACUGGAAGUUAAGGCCAAAGAUGAGGUUGAAGAUUCUGGAAGCAUGAGCCACCUUGAUGACCCUCAGACUUCAAGAGUCAAAAUUGACUCAGAUUCAGAUACAAGCGUUCUUGAAGUCACUGCUACUUCUGCAACAGAACAUGUUGACCACAUGUCAAGAUCUGAUGAAGUAGCAGAAGAAGGACUUGUGGCUAAAUCAGAUGUUGAGCUUGAGCAAAUCAUGGCUGCUCCUUCUAAGGAAAACACUCUUUCUGACAUUACUUCAAAAAGCCUUGAGCUAAUUGGACACCAGGAAUGUGCUAGCCCUGUCCCUUCACCACCUUCUAGUGUUAAGCCAGCCUCCCCAAGAGGAUCUGCCAGGAGAAGGGUACGUCCUAUAAAAGCCAACUCUUUGCCAAACAUAUUCUCUGAUGAAGAAGAUGGCAUCUUUGACCAGUCUCACCAAAAGGUAGAGAGAGAUGGCAAGCAUAGACUUUCUCUGCCUGGAAUGGAAAUGGGUUCUUCUGGAAGCAGAAGUCGCCUUGAUGAGCCUCAGUUCAUCUGAAUCUUCCGACGUUGAAGAAGCUGCAGCAAAAUCAGCUGGAUACAAAACAGUACGAUGUUGAAAUUAUUUUGAGGUGUUAAAUCAUGGCAAAUAAUCAACCAUCCAUUCAUUACGUUUUCACACUGUUCUUUCGUGUACCCAAAUUGUAGCCUCCCCAGGAGGAUUGUCAUGGGAAAUAAUCUUUCCAGCCUAACAAAAAACAGAGAGAGGGUUUGUAGAUGUCAAAAAGUGAUUAAACUUUAUUGAAACUGUGGCAUUCCCAAUUGGAGGGAAACAUUUAUCCUAAUUUAGUAAAUCCAACUACACCACCCUGGUGAAGAACCAGAUAAAUACUCCCAAAUAAAGGCACACAGAUAAGUUUGACCAAUCGGGGCAAAGAACUUGAGAGUCAGACGUGGGUAUGGAUACAAAAAAUUAUGUUUUAUAAUGACACUUAAGCAUCAUUAAAACUUAACAUACAAAUAUAAAAUCGCUCUCCCAUGAAGCACAAUAAGGAUUUUAAAACUAAGCACUUCUCCAGGCCCAGGCUUGGCAGGAAUAAGACAGGCCGGCUACAGGACGGGAGGUCAUCCAAACCCACCUCAAGUCACAGGAAAAUCAUCAAACACUGCCUACACCAUAAGGAAGUUGUGUUGGCACACUGAGCACGCUGUGAAUCACACACCCCCGAAUAAAUGCAGCUAGCCUCCCCUGUCCCACACCAAGACUCACUGGCUCCUGGAGAGAAAGAAAACACUGGUUAACCCAAAAUUGCACAAAAACACUAAACAAAUAUUACAGACACUGUGGUGUUGUGGCUAUAACACCCAGGCCCACUGACGCCACCACAGAAAUUAGAGGCAGUUAACAGCACCUAAGCAGAACCAGAAUUAUGGUAAAGAGUACAAAUGGAAAAUAUAGCCACUAUAGCAUGGAGACAAUAAGGCAUAACAUACACACCAUCAAUAGUAAGGUGGUUGAGUGGAAAAACAAACCAGAAAGAACAGGUUUGAAGUUGGAAAACACUAAUUUACCAAUUAGUGUCUCAUACUACAUGUGGUUGCAGAACAUAAGCUAAACAUACAUCCAAAACUAAACAGAAAAACAAAAUAAAAAUUACACCAGCAACAAAGUAAAGCUGAUAUGCAGCACAGUGGAGGAAAGGCACGUAAACAGACAGCCAAGCGUGCUGCUAAGCUACACAGCAAAAGCAAAGCCCAUAAGUGAACAAGCCAGUGAACAUAAGCAAAGCAGUUAAGCAAGACAAUAAAUAAAGCAAAACAAUAAUUAAAACAAUAAAUGGAGAGGUGUACUUACCACUGGAUUGAACAAACACCAGACGCAAAGUUGUAUGAUUACUCACAGGUCCUGCAGCUCAAUAUACGUAUACAUAUCAUUCAGCUGCCGGCUAAUGUUGUCAUCACUGAACACGAUCUCCAGCACGAUCUCCGCCGCCAAAUCGCCACAAUGCACGUGCCACCAGCGCCACUCUAAGACUAUAAAUAAACAAAUUAGCCUUGAGAUGUUCACCUCAUUACACCGUGAGCAAAGCCUCAGCGUACCUGCAUGGAAAUUGGAACCCAAAAUACCAGGGAGUGAGGAACUCCGAAUCACCAAGACACAUGUGCGACUACUAAAAUAAGGUUCCUUAAAUAAUCGGCUAGCUCCCACCUUAUUGAUCUGCCGAAGCCAUACCCCGAGCAGAGCCAAUACGAUGGUUAAAUCACUUAUCCUGCCACAAAACAAUAAAGUGAGACAGUCUGCAGAAAGUCUAAAUUAUGCAAACACACACAGCCCUUUUUAUACCUUUCUCCACAGUGAACUCAUCUUAGGCAGGAUUUUACCUUUUCUCAUUAAAAACAGACCAAUCUUCUUCGCCACAAUUAAUUAUUCAUAUCUAUAUGUUAUCUGAAAUUUGUGGAGCAUGCGCAGUUAGUUGUUUUACCUGAAAAGGUUUUAUGAGGACAAGGUUUCUUUUUUUUAAAAGAAACCUGUUUCAAUCGGACAGAGUCUUUGUUUUUUUGUUUCUCUCUGAGCAACACACCCUUCUUAUGUCUCAAUGAGCUUCAAUCUGUUUCUAUCUGCCAUCCUAGCUGAUAUCCACCUCCCGUCCUGAGCCCUUUCAUAUAAAAUGCAAUUAUUUCAAUAUAAUAAGUUCAAUGCAUUAUAUUUCACAAUGGCUAACAAGGCUAAUUACAAUGAAUGUAAGCUGCUGAACAGAAAUUAUAUGCUUUAAUUAAAAAAAAAAAAAACAGUUGUGGUUGCUUAUUCCACUUGUAAUUUCAGGUGUAAUUUGCAGUUGUAGUUUUUCAUGAAGAAGUCAGCCAGCAACAGUCAGGAGGAGACUGUGGGUAGUGGAGGUGGGAUAUGAACAGGGUAAGAGACAAACAGGAGGCUUGCCUUACUGAAACUUCAACAACUUUUUGUACGUCAGCACUGUUAAACUAAAAUAAUUGAAAUAAUAUUUUUUGAGACGUGUUGCUGACAUCAAAUUGAAAAAUGCCUAUUUUUUCCCUUAAAAUUGUACAUUUCCUCAGUUUAAACAUGUGAUAUGUGUUCUAUGUUCUA